CAAGGUAACAGCGGAUAAGGGCGGAGCUAAGCAACUGACAGCAUAAAACUUUGUUAGCUUCUCGCUAACUUUAUUCUAGCUUCUGUUUAGCUAUGUUAUCAGCUUGAAAACGGCACCCCAGGAUGCUCGAAAAGUUAGAGUGUCAUGGAAAGGAUGAUGGAGACCUGUGCAAAAUGGCCAGUUCAGUGGUAACGAUGAGCAGAACUGAUUUCCGCGCACGGCUGCCACAGUUUUUGGAGGAGAGGAUGCAGACCAGCAUGCUUACAGGUGUAUUGAUUGGAGCUAUGGUUGCAGUUGUGCUGAUUGGAAUUGUGGUGCUCUUCCUUUACAGGAGAUUCAAACAUGCCCGUAAUCAACAACCGGGUGUACCUCACUAUCGAUUCAGGAAACGAGAUAAAGUGCUUUUCUAUGGAAGGAAGAUCAUGCGAAAGGUUAAGACACUCUCCUCGCUUCCUUCUCCAUCCCAUCCCUCGCCAUCAAAGCAACCACAGCGCAUACGAAAAAGAACCAAAGUUCUAAACAUAGCCCGCAAAAUUCUGAGGAUCCGGAGAGACCCUCCCACCCUGCAGCCCAAGGAACCCCCUCCCUCCCUACUGGAAGCUGAUCUAACAGAGUUUGAAGUGCAGAGCUCGAAUCUGCCUUCUGAGGUCCUGUAUAUGCUGAAAAAUGUCAGGGUCUUGGGCCAUUUUGAGAAGCCUCUGUUUCUGGAGCUGUGUCGACAUAUGGUGUUUAUUGAGCUACAGGAGGGUGAAAGCCUGUUCAAACCAGGAGAUGAUGAUGACAGCAUCUACGUGGUCCAGGAUGGAAGACUUGAGUUGUGUAUACAAGAGAAUGAUGGCACAGAAUCAGUGGUGAAGGAUGUCCUCCCCGGAGACAGCGUCCACAGCCUGCUCAGUAUUCUGGACACUAUCACUGGUUAUCCAGCUCCAUAUAAAACUGUGUCGGCACGAGCUGCAACUCGCUCCACCAUCUUACGCUUACCUGCUUCAGCCUUUGAGUCAGUGUUUAAGAAGUACCCUGAGACACUUGUACGCGUCAUUCAGAUAAUUAUGGUGCGCCUCCAAAGAGUCACCUUUUUGGCUUUGCAUAACUAUCUGGGCCUAACAACUGAGCUCUUCAAUCUGGAGAGUCAAGCAGUACCCUUGACCAAUAUAAACAAUGUGAUGGCAGAAGCAAAUACUGGAAAGACUCGACGUCUCCACUUCCAGGACGAAUUACCUGCCGGAACCACUGAAAACACUGCAGAGACAGAUGGUGUAAAGGACAGCCAUUCAACCAGGAAGCUGCGAUCCACCUCUAUGCCCACUGAAUGCACAGGUAAUGACCUCAGCAUGGCCUGCGAACGAGCUCGAGUUACCAUUGAGGACGCUCCGUCAAGUCCUAUCACUCACAAAUCUAGUCUGAAGAAGAGUGUGACAAUGCAACACACACCAUCUGAAGUAUUUCACUAUACAGACAGUGGAGGGCACGCUGAUGCUACCUAUCUUGGUAAAAGCAGUGCAAUCCUCCAAGCUGCUAAGAAAGACCUGCUGGGAAUCAUCCAGCUGCAGGACCCUAGUCUGCUUGAAGGCAGAGUAACCGUCCACCAUGUCAAAGCUGGCUCUGUGGUAGCUCGUCAGGGAGAUCAGGAGGUGAGCAUCCACUUCGUGAUUUCUGGCCUCCUCCAUGUUUACCAGCGGAUGAUUGACCGUGAAGAAGAAUUGCGCCUGUUUGUAACGCAUCCCGGAGAGCUUGUUGGUCACCUUGCUGUUCUGACCGGAGAGCCCCUCAUAUUUACAGUUCGAGCUCAGCGAGAUUGCAGCUUCCUCUCUAUUUCCAAAACACAUUUUUAUGAGAUAAUGCGAGUGGAGCCCAAAGUGGUGCUGAAUGUUGCUCAUGCUGUGGUGAAGAGGAUGUCAUCUUUUGUCAGGCAAAUAGACUUUGCUCUUGACUGGAUGGCUGUCGAAGCUGGCAGGGCUGUUUACAGGCAGGGAGAGAAAUCAGACAGCACUUUCAUAGUGCUGAGUGGUCGACUGCGCUCAGUAAUCAUGAAGGAGGAUGGCAAGAAAGAGUUGAUAGGGGAGUACGGACGUGGUGACCUGAUUGGAGUGGUAGAGGCCUUGACCCGUCAAAACAGAGCGACCACAGUACACGCUGUACGAGACUCUGAGCUGGCCAAGCUACCAGAAGGUGCACUUUGCUCUAUCAAGAGGAAAUUUCCUCAGGUUGUCACCAGGCUGAUCCACUUACUCGGACAGAAGAUACUACAGCAGGUCAAUGGUCCUCUGACAGCUCGCAGUUUGGCCCUGCACACACCAGGAAGUAAGUGGGAUGCAGGAAACCAAGCCUCCAACCUCUCCACUGUGGCAGUCCUGCCAGUAUCAGAAGAGGUGCCUCUUACUGCCUUUACUCUAGAGCUGCAGCAUGCACUCCUUGCAAUAGGUCCUACUCUUCUACUGACAAGUGGUAUUAUCAAACAGCGUCUUGGAGCUGCUGCACUUGACAGUGUUCAUGAGUACCGUCUGUCCAGCUGGCUGGGCCAACAAGAAGACAUCCAUCGCAUAGUUCUUUACCAGACUGACUACACACUGACCCCGUGGACACAGAGGUGCAUCCGUCAGGCUGACUGCAUCAUUAUUGUGGGAUUAGGCGAGCAGGACCCUACUGUAGGGGAGUUGGAGCGUAUGUUGGAAGGAAGUGCAGUGCGUGCGCAGAAGCAGCUUGUGCUGUUGCACAGAGAAGAUGGUCCUGCACCCAAAGGAACCGUAGACUGGCUCAACAUGCGAAGCUGGAUUUCCAGACACCUCCAUCUUGCCUGUCCCCGAAGGGUCUUCUCCAAACGAAGCCAGCCCAAACUGUUGGAGCUGUAUCAGCGUGUGUUUGAGAAACCAGCAGAUCGCCAUUCUGACUUUUCCCGCCUGGCUCGUGUUCUUACAGGCAAUGCUAUUGCUCUUGUCCUGGGAGGAGGAGGGGCCAGGGGUUGUUCUCAAGUGGGUAUAAUGCGUGCACUAUGCGAAGCUGGCAUCCCCGUAGACCUAAUUGGCGGAACAUCAAUUGGCUCCCUGAUGGGCGCUCUAUAUGCAGAGGACCGUAGCCACAGUCGCUUGAGGAUAAGAGCUAGAGAAUGGGCUAUGGAAAUGACUUCAGUAUUUAGGAAGGUCUUGGAUUUGACAUAUCCAAUCACAUCCAUGUUUUCUGGUGCUUCCUUAAACUCUGGCAUAAACAACGUCUUCAAAAGCAAACAGAUUGAGGACCUUUGGAUCCCAUAUUUCAAUAUCACAACUGACAUCACUGCCUCUGCCAUGAGAGUACACACUGAUGGUUCUCUAUGGCGGUAUGUCCGUGCUAGCAUGUCUCUAUCGGGAUAUCUCCCUCCUCUGUGUGACCCGAAAGAUGGACACCUGCUGAUGGAUGGAGGCUAUAUCAACAACCUGCCUGCUGAUGUUGCGCGCUCCAUGGGGGCCAAAGUGGUAAUAGCUAUUGAUGUGGGCAGCCGGGAUGAAACAAAUCUCACUAAUUACGGCGACUCACUCUCAGGCUGGUGGCUGCUAUGGAAACGCCUUAACCCCCUUGCUGAGAAAGUUAAGGUGCUAAACAUGGCAGAGAUUCAGACUCGGCUGGCCUAUGUGUGCUGUGUGAGACAGUUGGAGUCUGUGAAGAGCAGCGAUUACUGCGAGUAUAUCAGACCUCCAAUCGACAGAUACCGUACACUAGAGUUUGGCAGUUGAGAUUGCUGAGGUGGGGUACCAGCAUGGCAAGACUGUGUUUGAUGUGUGGCGUCGUAGUGGUGUGGUGGAAAAAAUGCUGAAAGACAGACAUCAAGAAGAGUUCCACAACACGCAAAGCAGAAGCAAUGUGGUGACAUGUCCCAAUGCUUCCUUCACUGACCUGGCAGAAAUUGUGUCCCGCAUUGAGCCCGUCAAACCUCCUCUUGUGGAUGAAGAAUCCGACUACCACACUGACUAUGAAGAGGAUGCACUGGAGAGUGCUCUCUCUGACAUGGAGACGUAUAAUCGCUAUGGAGAGCACACCGAAGGGGAGGAGACGGCUGACACGAUUUAACAAAGAAAAAUGGGGAUGACUAUGCACGCCUCAACCUGAUUCUCAGGAUGUAGAACUGGAUGGGAGAUCGACAUGCUCCAUUACCCCGCCCAUCAGCUGCCACCAUCAGUUUCCAGAUAUCCCUAACCGUUCACUGGAAGCGAUGUCAAACCAGCAAGUAAAUUCUAUUUUUGUGAAUGGUGGAGUAAUAAAAGUUGCUUAAACAGGUUAGCACAAUGGAAGCAUUCUGUCUUUGCUACAUUUUACCCUCCAGUGUGAAAGACCAGACUCUACCUGCAAAACUUGUCAUUUUGUCGUGUGUGUGUGUGUGUGUAUGUGUGUGUCUUUCAUUUCUGCCAACGCCUCUCGUUAUCGAUACAGGGAAGAAAAUGAGCUAGCAACAUAGGGUUGACAAGCAAUUUCUCAAACACUGCAGAAUAAGCGAAGCACAAACUUCUAACCUCUUUAGUCACCCUUCAUGCAGUCAUCUCACUUUCAUUUCCACUACACUGUUUAACAUACCUGCAUUGUUUGACUUGUGUGUUUUUGUUUUUUAAAACGAGCUGAAUUAUAUCAAAAGGUAUUUUAAGUAGCAGUUAUCUGGACUGUUAGACAGUGUAAUGCCAACAUGUCCAGCCUUUGAGUUUGAAACUCUGUUCUGGCCAUGUUGGAUUGGAGCUUAAAAUAUUUUCAGUGGUUGCAAUCCACUUCAAAAAACUAGUUUUCCCCCUUUUCUGGUGAGUCCCCCCCCCCCCCCCACAAAAAAAAAAAUUCUGUUUUGAGUCUGAUGGAGACUGAUGAAAUCUGUAGCUCAACUUGUCUCUACAUAGUUUAUCCACUGGAAUAUGUGCUUGACCAAGUGUAGGUUGUUUUUGUUUUGCUUGUUUGUGUUUUUGUUUUGUUCUUAGAGCUAGGGUAAAUUAUUAUUAUUUUUUUUAAUUAAAAACAAGUUAUCUGUACAUACAGAUUUUUUCAAUGUAGUCAAAAUAUAUAUUUAAAGAAUAUAUACAUAUUUUAUAUAUGUGCCAAUUAUGUUGGCCUUCUCUAUUAAGAGUUGUUCAGUCAUUCCAAAAAUGCAAUUCAAUGCACAAUCGGUUAAGUACAUAGCUUUGAUUAACAUGCAUACUUGUAUGACACAAUUAAAUUAAUACACUGCUAAUUUAAUCUACAUAGUAACAAAAAGAUGACUCGGAGGAAGGAUCUUCGCCAAGACUCCAA